AUGCCGUGCGCCUGGACCACAGCUAAGCUACUCACGUUGGACAACCUAUCAAUUAUGGAAGAGGAUAACGAGUCGAGCUCCGGCAACAGUCUGUUCAGCGACGAGUCGGCUGAUGGGCCGGUGGAACCCAAGUAUCGGGUGGCGGAGAGAGCUGACGGUCACAGUCACGGACAUCGCUUGGAAGACACAUUUGAUGACAAUGGCUCUGUCCCUGGCAAUGGCAUGUUUGUCUCGGGUUACUACGAUGGAUGCGGCUCUGGAGAAGAUUUUGGCGGCGACAUGGUCAUGGACAGGUUGCGCAGCAAGCCUAAGCCUGUCGCCGCUAUAUUUGUCCAUGCCGGCGCUGGGUUCCACAGCCAUACGAACGAGGAAUAUCAUCUGGAAGCCUGCUCUCGAGCUGCACAACUGGGAAUGGCCAAGAUGAACGCUGGCGGCUCCGCUGUCGAUGCCGUCGUCGAGGCCACCAAAUGUCUCGAGGACAAUACAAUCACAAAUGCAGGUGUUGGCAGCAACCUAUGCCUUGACGGCACAGUAGAAUGCGACGCUACAGUGGUGGAUCACAAUGGUCGGAGUGGUGCCGUUGGUGCAUGUUCCCAUGUUCGUUAUCCCGUCAUGCUCGCUGAAAAGAUCCUCCUUGAAUCAUACAAAGUGCUGGCACUCAGGCGGAUCUCACCCAUACUCCUUGUUGGUGAGGGUGCUCGUCAAUACGCCAAGGAGCAUGGCAUAAAGGUCGUUGACAACGAGGAGAUGGUCACUACCAAUGCAAGAGACCGUUGGGAAAAAUGGACCGAGGAACUAAGAAGGGCAACAGGCAGCCCACGCCACUCAGCACCUUCUGGCAUGCACAUACCUGGUCGCCUUGAUCACAGCGCUGCCUUAUCAACAGGUACUUUCAACGAAGGUCAACCUGACUCCCCUCAACAUGGGACUGGUGCCUCAUUCACAAGCAACAACCGUACCGAGGCCGCUGUUCCAAGUCGUCAACGACAAUCAAUGACACCUGAGGCCCAGAACUCGCGGCUUGGCAGCGUGAGCACUGGAUCCCCUCCUGCCAAGCGCAUGCGUGUGUUGGAACCAAACCUAGUCUCUUCGUCUUUGAACCCCCCGGCCACGCCGGCUCAGCCUUUGCAUACAUCCGGAGACCAGCUUGAUAGGGUGCAAGCUAUCCAGGAUAUGACAUUCGAAGAUGAGAUAUACGACACGGUUGGCGUCAUAGCCAUUGACUAUCAAGGCCGUAUCGCAGCCGCCUCCUCAUCUGGGGGUAUUGGCAUGAAGCACCGCGGGCGGGUCGGCCCAGCGGCACUUGUCGGUAUCGGCACGGCGGUGAUCCCAGCAGACGAAGGUGACAAAUCAGGCACGACUGUUGCAGCCGUGACAUCCGGGACGGGCGAGCACAUGGCGACAUCCAUGGCGGCAUACAAGUGUGCUGAGCGACUGUAUCUCUCCACAGUUCGCGGCAGAGAUGGCUCCGAUGUGCCGCGGGACAGUGAGACUAAGAUUCUUACAUCCUUCAUAGACCACGAUUUCAUGGCCCAUCCGGGCGUUCGAAACCAAGAGUCGCGGCCCGCCAUCGGCAUCAUGGCUGUCAAGAAGACAUCCAGAGGCUACUACUUCAUUUUUGGACACAACACAGAAUCCUUUGCUCUCGCAUCACUUGCUUCGACUGAUAAAGUGCCUCUUUGUACCAUGUCUCGAGUCCCGGAGACCAGACAUGGUCGUCACAGACCCGUAGCUGGCGGUCUCAAAAUUUCGAUCUGA